UUUACGCGGGAACUCCAAAUCACAAAAUUUUCUUCCACUCUCUUUGUACUCUCUAUGAAAUCACAGAAUUAAACUUCCAUUGGUAAUCACAUCAUUUCUCAGUUCUCAUUUCUCAACAAUAAAUCUUCACAAACUCUCUCUCUAAAUCUAGAAUUUGAUUCUCAACAAUGUCCGCGAUGAAAGGAAGCGCGAAAAAGAAAGCGUCAGAAGCUGAUACUCUUCACUCCGAGAAGCGAAAGCGAGAUUUUCACGAUGAAGAUAUUUUCGACAACGAACUUUCUAGUGAGAUUAAAGGACUUGUGUCAGCGUUGCAGCAGAUCAAGGAAAAAGCUGAAAAGGAUGGUCAGAAGAAGAAGGAAGAGACAAUUUCUAGUGUAGCUGCAGAGAUCAAGUCAAUGUUUGAAGAGUUGAAGGUGAAGAUUGAAAAGGACCGACAAACUUUUGCCAAAGCAUUGUCAAAGAGCUCAAAAGAGUGUGAAAAUACACUGAAGGAGGAGGCUGACAAGUUCCGAGCAAUAUUUGACAAAUUUGACAAAGAGAAAGCAACAUAUCUGCAGACACUCAAGGAGACCAUUUCCAAGUAUGAAGAGGAGAAGGAAAGGCUCUUCAUUCGAUAUGAACAACUAAGGAAGAAAGAGAGAAGCAUGGUGCAAGAAAAGGAAAAGGCAUGCUCAGACAAAAUUGCUCAGUUGGAGGAAUCCUUGAAGAAGAAGAAACAGGGUGACAGAACUUUCAGCUUUCUUAGGAAGACUCUGGGAUCCAUGUUCGAAACUAUCUCAGACGGCGAAUUUCAAGCAGAUGAUUAACAAGAGGAUUAUGGAUUAAAAUCCUGUGUUUUCAAUUAAUUAAUGUGAUAAAGGCAAAACUUUGAUAAAACGAUGUCAUUAUACAGCCAAUGACUUUGUUUUCUGCUAUUAUGUUAUUGUUACAAAUUUACUU